AUGAUGCCAGGAAUCUUGAAUCAGUUGGGUGCAGAAAGUUUAAGUAGCUUGAAUAAGUUAGCGUCCACUGUAGCUAGUGCUGCUGACAGCAACAAACAGACAACAGCUGAAGUUAAUGUCACUGUAGCUAGUGCUGCUGACAGCAACAAACAGACAACAGCUGAUGUUAAUGAUGAUGUCACUGUAGCUAGUGCUGCUGACAGCAACAAACAGACAACAGCUGAAGUUAAUGUCACUGUAGCUAGUGCUGCUGACAGCAACAGACAGACAACAGCUGAAGUUAAUGUCACUGUAGCUAGUACUGCUGACAGCAACAGACAGACAACAGCUGGUGUUAAUGAUGAUGUCACUGUAGCUAGUGCUGCUGACAGCAACAAACAGACAACAGCUGAUGUUAAUGCUGAUGAUGAUGAUGUCCCUGAACUUGUUGAGAACUUUGAUGAAGCAUCAAAAGAUGUCAAUGUUUGA